ACACAACAAUGCAGCCCAUGGCCCUGGUGCUUUCCCCCUUAUAAGAAAGCUGGCGGAGUGAAUUGGGUGUAGCUGAGUCUGUGUGCGACUUGGCCAAUGGAACCAGAUCCUCCCUGCAGUGCGUAAGAGCGCGGUUUAGGAUUUAACCAAGUCUUUGCUGCGGGGCUGGCUGCAGUCUUCAGUAGAGUCCGACGGCCUGAGAGCCUUCCAACGAUGCCAGUGUAGUCUCCACACCGCUUUGGAUCACACCGACCUCGACUUUUUUUAAUGAUAAUUAAACACUCGUAAUUUAAAAAACAACACGCGCGAAAAGAGAAAACUACACGUUGGCUUCCAAAGUAUGACUGGAGUAUUCGACCGGAGGAUCGCGAGUGUGAAACCUGCAGACUUCCAGAGCUCCUUCCAACUCUCAGCCAUGCACCACCCGUCUCAGGAAUCUCCCACUUUACCUGAGUCUACAGCCACGGACUCUGGCUACUACAGCCCCGCGGCUGGUGGAGUCUCUCACGGCUACUGCUCUCCCAGCUCCACCACGUACGGGAAACCGCUCAACGCGUACCAGUACCAGUACGCGGGCGUCAAUGCGUCUGCUGGAAAUUACCCGACCAAGUCUUACACCGACUACAGCUCGUACACGACCCCCGCCUAUCACCAGUACGCAGGGACUUACAGCAGAGUACAAGCCCAGCCGAGUCCACAAGAAAAAGAGAUUAGCGAGCCUGAGGUGAGGAUGGUAAAUGGCAAGCCGAAGAAAGUGAGGAAGCCCCGGACGAUUUACUCCAGCUUCCAGCUGGCCGCCCUGCAGAGGCGCUUCCAGAACACACAGUACCUGGCACUGCCGGAGAGAGCCGAGCUGGCUGCCUCACUGGGGCUAACGCAAACACAGGUCAAGAUUUGGUUUCAGAACAGGAGAUCCAAAAUGAAGAAGCUCAUAAAAAACGGCGAGCAUCUACCGGAGCACAGCCCGAGCUCCAGCGACCCCAUGGCGUGCAACUCUCCACAGUCCCCGGCCGUCUGGGACACACAGGGCCCGUCCAGGCCGCACAGCCUACAGCCACAGAAUAUCAACACGACGCCGUCUAACUUUUUGGAAAACUCGGCCUCUUGGUACACCACAGCCGGAACCUCAAUGACGUCCCACCUGCAGAGCCCCAACUCGAUACAGCACUCACUGGCUCUUGGAGCAGGGACGUUAUACUGAACAAAGAAGCAAACAAGACAAAAAAGAAACGGAAAAAAACCCCUUGUUGUUCAUUUCAACCCCCCCUUUUCUCUCCUUCUUUGGGACUCGUGUUCAUUUUUUUUUCAGAGGAAUAUGCAAUGUAUUUGAUGCCAGUCAUAGAAGAACCGUGUAAAAUGUGUAAAUGUGUGCAUGUAAUUUAUUGCAUUUUUUGGAAGACUAUUAAACGUUUAAAUGGACAAUGGUACUCUGAGAGCCCCCCCCCUCUCUACA